ACCCUCUCUUUUAUCCAGUUUAUCUUCUGCAACUACACUCUGUUCCUGACUGUCUCUCAUGACUUCUUGUUCUUCUUCAUCUUCUCUUCUGAGUCCCUCGUACUCUCUUAUUCCACAGAUUCAUACUCGUUCCUCAUUGUUUCUUGGGUACUAUCCAUUCAACAAAACUCAACAAGGUAAGCUUAUUCUUCUUGCAACAUUAUCUUUCUGUACUAGAAAUGUGGAAAUUACCAGUAAUCUUGUUCAUAAUCAUAACGAAAUCAUUCCCAAAAAACCAUUUCGUGAAAGUCAAGUUCUGGGUCAUGAAGAUAACGGAGGAUUAUCCACAACUCUGCAUAAAAUUGAGACCAUUAUUGAAGAAGAUAAGAGGGAUAGUGAACAAUUAAGAGUUAUUGAUUCUGUGGCUGUAGAACAGAUUAAAAGAAUUGAGAAUUAUGGUCGUGGGUUUACGAAUUUGCAGGAUUUUAACAAUCUUCUAAUGGGUUUAGUGAAAGAAGAUGAGACUGGAUGUGCAGUUAAGAUGUUUGAUGAAAUGUCUGGGUAUAGCUUGGUUCCUGAUUCUAAGACAUAUUCUAUUAUGAUUAGGUGUUUCUGUAAGAAAAAUGAAGCUGAGAAAGCUAGAGGGGUUUUAGAUGAGAUGGUGAAAAAUGGGUUUCAUCCAAAUGUUGUAACGAUGACGAUUUUGAUUAAUUCGUUCUGUCGUAGAGGGAAGCUAAAGAAGGCGGUCGAGGUUUUCGAUAUCAUGGGUAAGAUUGGGUGUGAACCUACUGUUCAGACUUACAAUUGUUUGAUAAAUGGAUUGUGUUAUGUUGGUAGAGUUGAAGAAGCGUAUGAAUUGUUGAUGAAGAUUAAGAAAUCGCCGAAGAAACCAGACAUAUAUACUUAUACUGCUGUAAUGGAUGGGUAUUGCAAGGUUGGUAGGUCGGAUGAGGCAAUGGAGUUACUCGAAGAAGCUUUAGCUGAAGGGUUGAAGCCGAAUGUUGUGACUUUUAAUACGUUGUUUAAUGGUUAUUGCAAAGAAGGCAGGGCAAUUGAAGGGAUCAAUCUGUUGGACAAAAUGAAGAAGACAAAUUGUGUUCCAGAUUAUAUCAGUUAUAGUACAUUGUUACAUGGAUUAUUGAAAUGGAAUGAAGUGGAAGCGGCAUUGCGGGUUUAUAAGGAGAUGUUAGAGAUCGGUCUUGAAGUUAGCGAGAGGAUGAUUAAUACCUUUCUUAGAGUUAUAUGCAGGAGAUCAUGGACUGACCAGAAGCUGCUUAUAGAUGUCGAACAAGUGUUUGAGAGAAUCAAGGAUUCGGGAUUGAUUCCUUACCCCAACACAUACUGUAUGGUGAUUCAAACUUUGUCAAUUGGAGGGGAAGCAGAGAAAGCUUUGGCAAAUCUGCACAAGAUGAUGAAGCUAGGGUAUCGUCUUAGAUUAAUUACGUUUAAUGCUGUUAUUAGAGCUCUCUGCAAGAAGGGUAUGAUUGAUGAGGGGUUUCUUGUUUUGGUUCUUAUGGUUAGUGGAAAUAUAAGGGCUAAUAAACUAUCUUAUAACCUGUUGAUUGAUGAAUUCAAUCGCAGGGAAAGAUGGUUGGAUGCUUGUAAGGUGUAUGGGGUAGCUCUGAAGCGAGGUGUUGUUCCCAACCGCGAGCCAGAAAGAUUGUUGGAAGAAUGAGAUAUUUGUGGAGUUCAUCCUUUGAUGGUCUGUACAAUGUCGGCUUCUCAGCUGAAAAACAUUCUGGAACUCGGAAGCCCUGUGGCAUACAGUUCGGAAAGUUCAUAAUAUAAUGGCAUGGUGCUGUUCCUCCUGAAACGAGGAAGAUGGGAAGCAUGAGUUUCUGGCUCAGUGCAAGCAAGAUGAAAGAUAGCUGACACCAUUACACCACCUCACUUUCUGCUGUAAGAUUUUAGACACUUGGCUACAUCUUCCUUUGGAACUUAAAUCUAUGUAGUGUCAGACGUAAUUGUACUGGAUAGAUUCGAAUGCAUCAUCUGUAUGUAAAGCUGGUAAAAAUGUUAAGCAAUAUAUUAAAAUUUUCAAUA